ACGACAGUGCUGCCAACCAUAGAAAUCGUUGUAAUUUGACAUGACAUAACCAAAAAAGUGUAUUCAAGUGCCGAGCAAUGGCUUGUUUAUCCAGAAUUAUUAAUUUAAAUCGUCUAAAACUAAUAACACCAUUUGCUCGAAACCUAACCUCAAACAGUGCGCCGGUGGUGUCUUCACUACCCCCCGUAAUUUUAACCAACAAACAUUUAGAACAAAUCCCCGCCGUCAACAAUCCUUGGAUAUGGCAAAUUAAUAACAAAAUAGAGUCCCCAAUAAUAAAUAAAUUACAAAUAGAUUUUCCAAAUGGGCUCAAAUACAUCCCUCCACUCCAAGACCCUAAAGAAAACAAAGAGCUCGAACUACCCCCAACCCCCAAUGCAGAAAUUACUAAACACGCAGUCCGAAUGAUCGUCAUAAGGCGACGAAAAAUGAAAAGGCACAAAUUGAGAAAACUACGAAAACGCAUGAAGUUUGAAUGGGCUAAAAGACGUCAGCGGCGGGAGUGGAACAAAGAAAAGGCAUUUCAAGCCAAACUAAUCCAGCAAUGUAAACAAGGAGAGGCUUUUGUGGCCGAAAAAUACGUAGAAGAAAGAUUAUCAAAACUAGCGGAACUAACAAAAGCAAAAAAUCGUAAAAAAGGAAUGACCAAUCGCGAGUUGUAGUGUUUAUUUCAAACAUGGCGUGAAUAAAGGAAUCACACUGGGGUUCAUUUUCAUGGUGUGGACCAAGUCUGUUAUACGUUCAUUAGUAAACUGAGUGACAGUUUU